CUUCGAUGAUGCACCUUCUUUCUUGAUGCCCAUUCGUCAUGCACAUGCCGAGGUACUGGACCGGACCGCAUGGAGGGACAUGGUUGUUGCCUCGAGCAAAGUUGAAGUGGGAGAAGAAAGAUACGGAACCUCCACGGACACAACCCCUGUGUCCCCUGACACAGUGUGACUCACUCUGACGUCACGUCGGAUCUUGCAAAUAAAUCUUCACUAAGUGAAAGGCUAAGCCUUAUCUCUAAUUCACCUGAGCACGUCUGGCUGGUGUCCCGAGUUUCCCCGACUGGUUCACUCCAACACGUCCAACGGGCCCAACUCACGCGAAACACACGAAUAACACGAUGUGCCCAAAGCGUGUAAGUUGUUCUGAUGGCAAGAUCGCAUCUUUGUCUUCGCCAGAUCCGCAGCAGACAGACAACAACCUUUAGAAUACCCCAACAACAGCAGAUCCGACAACAACAGAGUCCCCGUCAACUUUAUAGCCCUUCGUAGCCAUUGUACCUACUUUCGGCGCAAGAGCAACGGAAGGAGGUGAGACGUUAAACAGUGAAAAAGACAAACCAAUCCAUCUCUUAGAAUAGAAAUUCCAAAUAAUGGAAGAAACAUUCUCACAGAACAAAAAGAAGUCAACCCGUUCGGAUGAUGAUGAGCAGCUCGCCACCGCAUCGUGUCUCAUUCGAGAAAUCCUCAAUCCACUGAGAGCGCAACCACUAUAUCCCAUCGUACAACAACCACAACAGCCAGAAGAGGCAGCAGCCACUGGCAAACGAAGUCCUGCCGUGGUGCGAUCCAGUUCCAAGCGCAGCAAGCACGAAGGCACGACUCAGUCCCCAGAUGGAUUCCAAAUCAAAGUCAUUGACUUGGAGGAGGAGGAGGAGGAGGCAAAGGAAGACCGCAAGCUUCCUGCCGUGGUCUUUUCGUGUGGUCCCAAUGAUGUUCUGGAGAGUGAGCAAGCGUUUGACCACGAGGGAAAUCAGCGGUUUCAUCUUCUCGUGGAACAGACCGGAGACCAGAAUCGAGAUGUCACCUCCCGAAAUGAAACCAUGUUUUUAGUGGGACAGAUCCGAGAGGCCGUCACCAAAGCGGGAGGACGUUUUUUGAAAGAGACCGAGCCGGGACAAUGGUGUGAAAUGGAACCGGCACAAGUCCGUCAAAAGAUUCUCAAUGCCCUCUGCCAAAGGGCAGCCUUUCACCGCAAUGAAGCCUGCCAACGCAUCCAGCGAUCUGCCGAGCGUUUGGCACGAGCAUGUGGUAUGGAGACGGAUGCCAAGGUCCGUGUCAAUAUGUCCGAUGUGCUGCACUGUUUGAAUGACAUCAAGACAGAGUUGUCAUCAGAGGAAUAUACCAAACUCAAAACGGUGGCGCUCAAGACGUACAAGAUCAAUGUCACCGAGCUGGAGGAAAUACAGACGCGAGCGGCCAAUGCCCAACCAUCCGAUGCAUCCGCACAACAGCCCGUACCACUACCCAAAGUACAGGAUGUGGUGGAUUAUAUCAAUCAAGUCAAAGGAGAGUUUCCUGGUGGUCAUGUCUGUGACGAGUUCUUGGCCGUGCUAAAGACCUUUCAAUCCGGCGGGAUGAGUGUGCCCCGGGUCAAAGCACACGUGACAAUGCUCUUCAAAGGCAACGACAAACUCCUUUUGGGCUUUAACAUUUUCUUGCCAGAACAGCAUCACUUCGAACAAAUAUUAUUGAAUCAACCGGCUGCUCGGAUCCGUGCCAACAUUGUUUGCCGAAUGGGGGCUCCGGAGCCAGCAAGGGCAUCCUCCCCCGCCACCAAGCCCAACAACAACCAGAAGCUCCCGCCGGAGCCACUGGAUCAAUCCAGUCAGGAGGAACAAGGACAGGAGAGUGUCAACGAUGAUCCAGCAGAGGAAGAUACUCAGCGCGAGGUGACUGGAGAUGAGGACGUCGAAGAAGAGGACGGAGGCAGCCACUACAGCUCUGACAACGACGAUGACGAAGAGGAGGAAGAAGAAGAAGAAGAGGAGGAAGAGGGAAGCGGAAACCAGCAAGCAAGUGCCGCCCGCAUUGAGCCAACCAUUAACGAUGUUCUUUUGGCGCCCAGACACGGGUCAGAUUUCCGCCAGUAUGCGGGCAACAUGAAACUAGCGUUCUUGAUUCAUCAGGCGCGUUCCGUUUAUCACGGCUCUCAAUCCAAGAACAAGGCUCUCCUCGUGAAGGAAGUUGUGAAACAAGUCAAGGGACAAGCCCCACCAGGAAGAUUUUUGAAGCUCCACAAUCCAACGACUCGCGAAUGGAUUGAGGUCAACGACGAAUAUGCCUACAUGCAGGUGCUCCAAAUGUUCCUUCGUCCUUCAGCAUUGCCUCCAGGUGUCCGUGGUUCUGGUUCUGGUUCUGGUGGGCCUGAUCGUGGCUCGGGCAGCGGUGGCAGUGGUGCCCAGGACGCAGGGAAUGGCUCUGGUGGUGGCGGCCCAGGUUCCCGAAACGGCAGUGGACAUAAUGACGGCUCAAAUAGCAACAACAGCAGCGCCACCGUCAAUGGGAACCAGUCCUCAACGCAAACAAACACGGCGGCGAUUGUGAAAUUUUUCAUCAACGCCGCCACUCAUGGGAACACCGACAUCGCAGAUGUCAUGCCGCCGCACGUUGCAAAAAGUGCGCGAGAAUUGCUCGACGGAGGUUUGCACAAAACACCCAAAACAAAAACAACCAACGCCACCAAGCGCAGUGGAGAACCCAUCUCUUUUCGGGAGCGGGGGCGUGCACGGGACAGAGUUUCUCGUCAUGGAGAGAGCACCUCCGUUGCCGUUGGUGACGCGUUCUUCACAGACGCCAAUCCGCUGCUGGAACCUGGCUGGAGGAUGUUGGCGCGCCGGUCUAGAUUCUACCGAGCUCCAAGUCCAGCGGAAAGACCUCCUCGAAACCCUGGGCCUGGGGUGGCAACAGUAACAAAAGAUCCUCCAGGAAAAGAUUGCAUUGCGACAACAAGGAUCAACGGGCAAGAAGCGGACGUGCAGCCGAUUCUUGUCGCAAAGAAUUUGUCUCCUGGAGACGAAUUCGUUGCGACAAUAAGGAUCAACAAGCUGCAAGAGAAGAACGUGCAAGCGGCAUGUGAGAGUCUGAAUGACGACGUCUCGGUGGCUUCGGGGUCGUCUUAUCGCACCUGCGACACCGGCGGCGGUGGGCGACCUCCAACCCCACCACCACCGGGGACAGACGAGUUUGGGUGUAUAAAUGAGAGCGCCAGAGAUUUGUUUGACGAAGCCGUCAUAGACGUAGCGCUGUACAACUACGAAUCCUUCUACAAGCUUGAACACGGUUCUGCAACAUUUGAAGUAGUGCAUGACACGUCAGCGGGUAUCCGGGGGUGGGCGGCGUCUUUGCUGCUUAAUGACGAGAAACCCGAUGACAAUGCUUCGGAAGCCACUACCGCCACCACCACCGCACGAAAGAGUCGCGGGGACGAAGAAGAGGCCCGCCAGUUGCAGAUCGCGCUGCUGGAGUCUGUGGGUGCAAAUCCCACCCGCCUCGAGAAUGUUCCGAUUGACUACGAUAGUGAUUGUAAUUCGUACUGCGCGAGCGAAGGAGAAUGGAGCUUUGAGAGUGGUAGCAUAUAUUAUGACGACGAUGAGGACGACUGUGAAGACGACGAUGACGAAGAGGAGGAGCAACAAAAAGGAGAGCAAGAAGAAAUAUUUGAUACCCACGACGCGACCGAAGGAGAGCCGACAAGCAUCGAGGCAGUGACAGAUACGACAUCCGAGACACCAGCAGCCACAACUGCCGCGGCUGUCGACGCAGCCGAAGCACAAAAGGAGCCCCAAGCAAUCAUUCCAACAGCGUCGGCAUUUGAUGACAUGAAACAGCCUGAUGCCGAAGACGAGAGAACCGCUUGCAACGACGAUAAGAAUGAAGAGAACAUAGAAAAUGAUGCCGACAACACACCAGAGCCUGCGAGUGAUGAGCAACGGGGAGGACCGCGCACCGUAGUGCGCUCGAGUUGGCAAUUCCAAGCUCUGAUGGGCCAAGUCAAGGCUGCUCGUGGCGGAUCCCCACGGGUCCUUAUGGAGGCAGCCGAGCCUCGCGGAAGGAUCAGCGACGACGCUUCUUGGUCGGAGGUUUCCGAAUCAAGCAACAGCGAGGGCAGCGCUGUAGUGGUUCCGCGUCGUGGCUCUGGGAGUUCCGACGAAAAGUCAUGGCAACAAGUAGUGGAGCCCUCAUCGUCUGGCGAGUCCUUGGAUGAUUGGUCGGAAAUCUCGGAUGGCGACGGCCGCCAGGGGUAACGAGGGGGCGCCCCAGUGACCCUUAGCAUACACUCCCGAGCACCGACUCGACCCCCUUUCCUUUCCGAGCCGCUAGGCUCUGUAAAACAUUAGAUCACGCUUUCGAACUAGUAGAGAUGGCAUCGUCCGAGACGGCCUAUGGCACGGAGGAAACCAGUAUUAUCUUGUAUCCCGGAGUGCCCUUCAUAGUUAACUAAAUUUAGAUCCGCGAAUCACCAAUUC